AGCAAAGGAGGAGCUAUGAUUGUCUCCGUCGCCGUUGGUCAGCCGUUAACUUUGUGGCGGUCUUGUGGCUGUAGAGCGGCGUCAAGGGAAAAGGAUAGCGCAUCUGUUUACCAAAGGAGAAGUAGCAUGAGAGUUAGAGUAAGAUCAGCGCGGUCAGUUCUGGCAGAGGCUGAGGCGAGACCAGCAACACCUGCGCUGAAAGUGCAGAUCUAUCGGGGAGGCGGGGAUCGAAUGGACGACCUUCAGGCGGAGGCAAGGGCCCUUGCACGUGCUGCAAAUGCCUCCAUUUACAGCCCCGAACUGCUUGUCGGCAAGUACGGCUCUCGCCCAGUCAAGGUAAUUCGGAGGACUCUUGAAAUUUUGAUAUCGCUGGGUUCAUUUGGGUUAAAGCUGUUGGUGGACCAAAGGAAUGGCGUGAUCGAUCAGAACAAACGACUGCGUGCUGCCGAGCUCAGGACAAUUUUCACUCGUUUGGGACCUACGUUUGUCAAAUUAGGUCAGGCCUUGUCCACCAGGCCUGACAUUUGCCCACCUGAGUAUCUGGAGGAGCUCUCUGAGCUUCAGGAUGCUUUGCCCACAUUUCCAGAUGCAGAAGCAUUUUCCUGCAUCGAAAGGGAAUUGGAAUUGCCACUCGACUCCGUUUUCUCAUGCAUAUCUCCAUCCCCAAUUGCGGCAGCUAGUUUAGGUCAAGUCUACAAAGCUCAUCUCAAGUACUCUGGGCAGGUUGUUGCUGUAAAGGUGCAACGUCCGGGCAUUGAAGAAGCGAUAGGACUUGACUUCUAUCUCAUAAGAGGUCUAGGAUUUUUCAUAAAUAAAUAUGUUGACGUCAUAACCACUGAUGUUAUAGCACUUAUUGAUGAAUUUGCACGCAGAGUCUAUCAAGAGCUGAACUAUGUUCAGGAGGGACAAAAUGCGAGGAGGUUUAAGAAAUUGUAUGCUGACAAGGCAGAGGUUCUGGUCCCAGACAUUUUCUGGGAUUAUACCAGCAAAAAAGUGUUGACAAUGGAGUGGGUAGAUGGAGUUAAAUUAAACGAGCAGGCUGCAAUUGAGAGACAAGGGUUGAAAGUAUUGGAUCUCGUGAACACUGGCAUACAGUGCAGCCUCAGACAACUACUUGAGUAUGGAUAUUUUCAUGCAGAUCCUCAUCCUGGUAAUCUGUUGGCAACAACUGAUGGAAAGCUUGCAUUUCUUGAUUUUGGAAUGAUGAGUGAGACGCCAGAAGAAGCUAGAUUUGCUAUCAUCGGUCAUGUUGUUCACUUGGUUAAUCGGGAUUAUGAAGCUAUGGCCCGUGACUACUAUGCUCUAGAUUUCUUGUCACCUGAUGUAGACGUUUCUCCAAUUGUACCGGCACUUCGUAACUUCUUUGAUGAUGUGCUUAAUUUAACUGUGAGUGAACUUAAUUUCAAGACACUGGUGGAUGGUUUAGGUGCUGUCUUGUAUCAAUAUCCAUUCAAUGUCCCAGCUUAUUAUGCAUUGAUAUUAAGGUCACUUACUGUACUAGAAGGUCUAGCCCUUAAUGCUGAUCCUAAUUUCAAGGUGCUGGCUGCUUCAUACCCGUAUUUCGCUAAAAGACUUCUCACGGAUCCAAACCCAUAUCUCAGAGAUGCUCUGAUUGAGUUGCUUUUUAAGGAUGGGAAGCUUAGGUGGAACCGACUUGAAAACCUGCUGGUUCAGGGAAGAAAAGAUAAAGAUUUCUCUGCAAAAGAUGCUUUACAACCUGUAUUGAAGUUAAUAUUGGGGUCAGAUGGUGAAGAACUCCGAACUUUAGUUAUUAAGGAGGCUGUUCGUGUCACUGAAGCUUUUGUUUGGGGUACGUUUAUUGAUACCUACAAUUAUAUGCCCAAUUUUAUGAGAGCUGCAAUUGCUAAUGGCAAUGCUAAUGGACCACUUGUAAUGAGCAUUGCUGAACAAGAAAGCAUGAUUGAGCUCCGAGAUCAAGUGCUCCGGAUUUGGGGACUUCUACAGUCCUCAGAAAAUUUUGAUCCAGCGCUUUUGCAGCCCAUUUUACAAGUCCUUCAACAACCUGAGGCACGGAACCUGGGGGGGCGUGUUGUAGGCGGAAUCACCCAACGUCUUGCAGCACGGUUGCUGCAACAAGUACUUCGAGUGCCAACAACGGUUUCUGCUUUGACUUUGUGACCAUUAUAGCUGGGGUAAGCAAAUAUUUGUAUGCUAUGUGAUGAAGUUAUAAUAUUCUCUUUACCAUUUUUUCCCAUCAUUUGGUUUAAAUGGAUUGUACAUGUAUAUGUUUGCCUGUGUUAACACAGGCAGAGAACCAUUAGUGAAAUCCUUAAGGGUGCGUUUGUUGUACUGGACUAUCUCGGACUGGACUAGCUUCGAGGAUUAAGCUGGACCGGCUUAGAAUAGACUAAGCUGGACUAACUUAGUGAAGUGCAAUGUCGGACUAAAAAGCAGGAUAAUGAAAAUAGUGUUGUACUCAA